AUGUCAGCACCAGAAUUAACUGCAGUAAGAUCUCCAAUAGAUACCAAGAAACUUUCCCAAUUUCUUUGUUCAAAUCUUUCUCAAGCCCCAGGCAUUACCUUAGGUCAUAACCCAGCUGAUUUAUCUCAUUUCCAUGAAUUAAAAAUUCAACAAUUUACAUUUGGACAAUCAAAUCCAACUUAUAUGAUUACUGAUUCUCAAAAUAACAAUUAUGUAUUAAGAAGAAAACCAAGUCCAAAUGCAAAAUUAAUUUCUAAAUCAGCUCAUGCUGUUGAACGAGAAUUCUUUAUGAUAAAUUCAAUCAAUAUUUUGAAUUCUGGUAGUAAACUUCCAGUUCCUGUUCCAAGAGUUCAUUUAUUAUGUGAAGAUGAAAGUAUUAUCGGAUAUGUGUUUUAUAUUAUGGAUUUUGUUAAUGGUAUUCAGAUUAAAAAUCCAAGUAUGCCAGGAAUUUCUCCAGAAGAUGGGAAAUUAUAUUGGGAUUCUAUAAUUGAAACUAUUGCUAGUAUUCAUUUAUUAGAUGCAGAAAAGUUGAUUCAAUAUUUACCAAAGGAACAGUUCCCUCAAUUUCAAAAUGUAACUAAAUUAAAACAAACUUUAUAUUUUACAAGACAAAUGAAGACAUUAUCACAAAUUCAUAAAUCACAAUCUCAACAUGUUGCUCCAAUUCCAAAUUUCGAAGAUAUUACUGGAUGGUUAUUAUCUAAUGCUCCUAAAGAUCCUACAAAACUUACAUUAAUCCAUGGAGAUUUAAAAAUUGAUAAUGUUUUAUUUGAUCCAAUCACUAAGAAAGUUUGUGGUGUUUUAGAUUGGGAAUUAUGUACUAUUGGAAAUCCAUUAUUUGAUUUAUCCAAUUUCUUCCAACCAUUCCUGUUACCUAAUAAAUUAAAUCGUAUGCUCUAUCAUCCCCAAGAGACAGAUAUGGGAGUUGAAGACCCAGAGUCUCAAACAUUUUUAUAUGCCCAAUUAGCUAAAUAUGAAAAAUUAAUCACUUGGAAUCCAGAAGAUCCAAAGAAUAAUCCUACUGAUUUAUGGAUUAUCGGUCAUGUAUUUGGAUUAUUAAGAUUGUGUGUUAUUAGUCAAGGGAUUGCUAUGAGAGUUAAAUUGGGUAAUGCCAGUUCUGCAAAUGCUUCAGGUUAUUCUCGUAUGUAUCCAUAUUUGGCUGAGUUGGCUAUGGGGAAUAUCAAACAAUGGAAUGAAAAGAAGAAGCCUCUGAAGAUUUAG